AUGAAGAAGCCAUGUAAGGCAAGGUCGUUCGUGGACGUUUAUCAACAUACAGUAAUUCCACCACAUCUAGCAACAGAAAUUUUAUCAUCAUUAAUAAGUGAAAUAACAACAUCUCGUGUAGUUGAUGGUAAUAGUAAUAAUACAUCUGUUCCAGUUUCAGUUGAUCAUGAUUCUUCACCGUCAUCAUCAUCAUCAUCUCGUCUUAAACGAACGUUGGACGACAGCGAUUCAGAUGAAUCCAUCGACAUUCAACCAUCAAAUAAAAAUAAAUCAACUUUUCCUGAUUCAUCUGAUCAAGAUCCAGAUUAUGAUGUCGAAUCAUCGUCUAAUCAAAAUUUUUCAAUUCCUACUAGUACAUCGACAGUGACGACGGCUAAAGUUAACCCAUCAGCAGCCAUUCGAUCAAUUAUUGCAACUUAUUUAAAAGAUCAACCUGCUUCUACUACAACAGCACCGAAAAAAUCUCGUGUUCGUUUUGAACGUCGUUUUGGCGAAGAUAUUACAAACAGUAAUCUUCUUAACGAAUUGAAAGAAAAAGCUAAAGCCAAAAAGAAAGCACAUAAACAAAUAGUGACAUCACGUUCUUCAAAAAAGUAG